AUGGAUCAUCUGAGGGCGCUCUCCCAGGAGAUGUGGCGUCAAGGAGAAGUCCCGCAAGAUUUCAAGGACGCCACAAUCGUGCAUCUAUACAAGCGGAAAGGAAAUCGCCAGCUCUGUGACAAUCAUCGAGGCAUCUCCCUGCCCAACAUCAUCAGGGAGAUCUUUGCUCGCAUCCGUCUCAACCGCCUUAACCACCAUCUGGAACAAGGACUCCUGUCGGAAAGCAAGUGCGGCUUCCGCCGUCAUCGUGGAACCACGGACAUGAUCUUCGCCGUACGCACACUGCAGGAGAACUGUCAGGAAAUGCGGACCCACCUCUACUCUACCUUCGUGGAUCCGAUGAAAGGCUUCGAUACGGUGAAUUGUGAAGGAUUAUGGAAAAUCAUACAGAAAUUCGGCUGUCCCUAACGGUUCACUGAGAUGUUGCUUCAGCUCCACGACUACAUGAUGGCACGAGUCACGGACAACGGAGCUGUCUCAGAUGCAUUCGCAGUGAUCAAGAGCGUGAAGCAGAACUGAGUCCUCGCGCCUACCCUCCUCAGUCUCAUGUUCUCUGCCAUGCCGAUGGACGCCUACCGUGACGAACGCCCUGGGAUCCUCAUCGCAUACAGGACGGACGGCCAACUCCUUAACCGCCGACGGAUGCACUUCCAGUCGCGCGUAUCCACAAACACCGUCCAAGAACUUCUCUUCGCUGACGACUGCAUCCUCAACGUUACCUCGGAAAGGGAGAUGCAAAAAGGAUAUAUCUCUUCGCAGCCACCGCCGCCGCCUGCGACAACUUCUGCCUGAUCAUCAACACGGAGAAGACGGUGGUUAUGCGUCAACCGCCACCUGUCAUUGCCUACGUCGCACCCAACAUCUGCGUGAACGGUGCCCAGCUGCAAGUGGUGGACAACUUCUCGUAUCUGGACAGCACCAAAAUCGACGGUGAAGUGGCCCACCGGAUUGCCCAGGCCAACCAAGCCUUCGGUCGUCUUCAAAACACUGUUUGGAUUCGUUACGGUCUUCAACUCAGCACGAAGCUGAAGAUGUACAAGGUCGCCAUUCUACCGACGUUGCUGUAUGGGAGACUUGGACGGUGUACAUGA